AUGUUUUUAAGUACCGGCUCCGAGGCAAAUGAGGCAGCCAUCAAGUUAGCCAAAGUGUACACUGGAAAAUUCGAAGUUGUCGGUUUGUCAUUAUCAUGGCAUGGUAUGACAGGUGUAUCGGGCAGUACAACAUAUCAGGAUGGCCGUAAAAAUCACGGGCCUACAAUGCCAGGUAAUUUGGUUUUGCCAGCCCCAAAUGCAUAUAGAUCCAUUUUUCGAAACAAAGAUGGGACUUAUGAUUGGGAAACAGAGAUGGACUAUGGAUUUAGUUUGAUUGAUGUCGCUUCUGUGGGUUCUCUAGCCGCUCUUAUUGUAGAACCAGUCAUGAGUUCAGGUGGUAUGCUUGUUCUUCCAGAUGGUUAUAUGAAAAGCUUACAUGCGCACUGUAAGAAAAGAGGAAUGCUUUUGAUUGUUGAUGAAGCUCAAACGGCAAUCGGCAGAUGUGGAGCCAUGUUUGGGUUUGAAGCCUACGACAUCGUUCCCGAUAUUUUGUCGCUGAGCAAAACCCUAGGAAAUGGUCUACCAUUAUCUUCUGUGGUUACAUCCGACAAGAUAGCGGACAAGGCACACGAUGAGCGCUUUUUAUUCUAUACUACCCAUGUAAACGAUCCUCUGCCAUGUGCUGUUGGUGCGAAAGUGUUGGAUAUUGUAAUUCGUGACGAUUUGGUUGAGAACUCUGCAAAAAUGGGCGAUCUAUUCAGAUCAGAAUUGAAGAAAUUACAAGGCAAGUAUGAACAAAUUGGCGACAUCAGAGGUCGAGGUUUGAUGACUGGUAUUGAAAUUAUUAAGCCCGAGACCAGAGAAGCCGACGGCGAAUUAGCUGGAAGGCUAGCCGAUAAAAUGUUGGAACUCGGACUAUCCGCAAACUUGAUAGCUGUCCCGGCGUUUGGUGGUGUUUUUAGAAUCGCACCUCCUAUCACUAUUUCUAAAGAAGAGAUUAUGCAAGGUGUGUCCAUUUUCAAUAAAAGUUUUAAAGAGAUAUUGGGUUAA